UUGCAUCAAUAAUCGUGAAAAUUUGCAUGAAUGAUUUACUGUGUAUCGUUCAGCCGGCGAGUCUCCCACGACUCCUACAGCUGCAGGCUCCAUCCACUCCAUCUUCUUCGUAUAAAUACUCGAUGAAGAGCCAUUACUAUUAGCCUUCAGUUUUCUUUUCCCUCCAUGGCUAGGUUUUUCGAGCUCAACACAGGGGCGAAGAUCCCCGCGGUCGGGCUUGGCACUUACAAGGCCGAACCCGGAGUAUUAGAAGCCUCCAUCAUCGCAGCCGUCAAGGCUGGGUAUAGGCAUUUUGACUGUGCUCCAUUGUACAAUAAUGAAAAAGAGAUUGGAUCAGCUUUAAAGAAACUAUUUGAAGAUGGUAUCGUGAAGCGAGAGGACUUGUUUAUCACCUCUAAACUAUGGUGUAAUUAUCAUGCACCUGAAGAUGUGCCUGAAGCAAUCGAUUUAACCUUGGAAGACUUGCAGCUUGAUUAUCUUGAUCUGUACCUUAUUCAUUGGCCUUACCGCCUUAAGAAGGGUGGCAGUCCAACUCCAGAAAACUUUAUUCCGCCUAAUUUACCGGCUACUUGGGAAGCCAUGGAAAAGUUGUAUGCUUCAGGUAAAGUUCGAGCCAUUGGCGUUAGCAAUUUUUCUUCAAAGAAAUUACAGGAUUUGCUAGCAGUUGCACAUGUCCCCCCAGCUGUCAACCAGGUAGAAUGCCACCCUGGGUGGCAACAGACCAAACUUCAUGCAUUCUGUCAAUCAACUGGCAUUCACAUCUCUGCUUAUGCUCCAUUAGCUCGAUCAACCGAAGUCCUUGGACACCCUAUUGUGAACAUGGUGGCUGAGAAAUUGGGCAAAACUCCUGCUCAGGUUAUUCUACGGUGGGGGAUCCAAUCGGGUCACAGUGUUCUUCCCAAGAGCGUAAAUGAAACACGGAUUAUGGAAAACAUUGAGCUUUUUGAUUGGUCUAUUCCUGAUGAUUUGUUUGCCAAAUUUUCUGAAAUUGAGCAGGAAAGGCUGAUCCUAGGAGAAUUUGCUGUUCACCCUCAAAGUGUCUACAAGUGUUUGGAGGACCUCUGGGAUGGCGACAUUUGAUCGCCCAUCAGUUUCUGUGUCUGGACCAAUUUACUGCUGCACCUGAUACCUUUUCUUAAGGAAUUGAGAAUAAUUCACGGAAUUUAUAAUGCUAUUUUUUCAGUUUAUUAU